UGCAAAAUGGACGUCAUGAAUCUUCCAGAGUCCGAUGCACGAUCACCAGUUUGCGCCGUCGCCGAUGACAUUUUGGGUGCACUGGAGGCAAGUCGGACCAAUCAUUUCUCCAUCUACAUUGUGUUUAAGGCAAAUAUGGUUCUGAAAAAACCAUUCAAGCUUUUGUACCACACAGAACUCAAGAGCGUAACGGAUCUCUCUGCUAAAAUGGCUGACAGCGAUGGAGCUCCAAUUUGGGACUUCGCCACCGGCCCGAGACCAGUCAGGUCCCCUGGACACUAUGUAAAGCUGGACUUCUUCGAUACUGGAAAUAAGGAAGUAACUUGCAGAUGGUCGGACAGUUCGAUGAAAGAGACGCUCAUUCAUCAAGGAACUCUGGCGCCGCCGCCCAAGGACUAUAUGAAGCUUCUUCUGAUUCUGCCGGUGGAGGAGGCGAGCGUCCAAGUAAUGCCGGAAAAAUCGUAUGGUGCCUUUGAGUUGAUGAGAAAAUUUGGAAAAGAUGUGCCGCAAGCUUCAAUUGGAUGUCCCAUCGGAUUCACAUGUUCCACGCCAAAAGCGAUGCUCCGGUGCUCCCAUGUUUUCUGUGAAACAUGCUUGGCCACCGCUUCCAAGUGGGAUUUCGAUGGUUGCCCAGUUUGUAGGGCUCCAGACACCGACUUCAUCCGCCUCAAGCUCCGACAUGGCCCUUGUCCGUUCGACUUGUGCUGUUCCGAUGAGGAUUCAAGUGGCGUUGUACUGAUUCCAUGCGGGUGUCGGGUACCAUGUAAAAAUCUGGAAAUGGCCUAUGACACAGAAAAGAACAACAUCCAGGCCCUUGUCGAUUUGGUUCGUGUUUGCCCCUAUGAAGUCUGCAAGCAGAAUGUGGCAUCAAUUCAAAAACCGUUUUUAUUUAAAAUUGAAUGAAAUAUUUUUAAAGGUG